UGUCGUACUUGACGUUGUUGGGAAAAGCACCGUGGCUGAAAAACUUCGGGAAAAAUGGAAAAACUAACAGACGUAAAGAGUUUAUCCGUGCAUCCGCUGGCGAGAUAAGGAGCAACAGCGAUGGAUAAUAUGCAUGUUUUCUCCCUGAAGCGGCGUUCAAACUGACAAUGGUGUCGAAGGAGGCUAAAACGCAGAUUUUCUCGCAAUUCCAUUGAAAGUAAAUUUACUCAUGGAGAAAGGAGCAAGUCGGGAGUCAUGAGCACAGGUGUGAAGAAGCCUCCAUUAGCUCCCAAACCUAAACUCCCUGCUACCACCAAACCCUCUCCCCCGCCCAUCGCCCCCAAACCAGGUCUCCUCUCCCAGUCUUCAGCCGUCUCCCAACCUUCCCCUGCGACUCUGAAGAGGACAAAACCGGCUGUUGCCCCCAAACCAUGCAUUCCCAAAGCCUCGUCUCCCCCUGUUUCACCCCCGCCACCCAAACCCAGCGACCCCCUUAUCCUAUCUCAGGAACAGCAGGAAGCUUUGGGCGAUAGCCUCUCACUUCUUAACUCCAGGAAUGGGAUUUUAUCAGAGACCAGCAAACGUGACUCGGAUUACAUCAUUCCCACCUGCUCCUGUGGGCUCCAGGACUGUUCCCAGUGCCAGCAUCUGGGAAACGGAGAUACAACUGAGAUUGUGAGCGAUUUGCACAAAGAGCUGUUGCAGAAUGGGAUUUCUACAGAUGGACACACAGGGACAGGGCCACAGGGGAAAGCAGAGAACCACCGGGAGGAGGGAGUAGCUGCAGAGAGGGGUGAAGGUGGAGGGAUUAGCAAAAAGCCCAGGGAUAAACCUCAAAGACAGAGACACCUGGAGAGGGGAUUGAUUAACAAAGAGGCACAAAGGACUGAGGAGCAGAAAGCUUCAGAGCCUGUAAAACAUCAGGAAAGUGCUGUUGCUGAGCCUGAUGAUUCAAAAGCAGAUGUACAGACUGAAAACACAGAUUCAACAGACUUCACGUCAGCCUGUGAUGUUGCAGGCAGCAUCAUUUUCUCCCAAAGUAUCCUUCCUCACGAGUCCUCUGCUGAAUCCUUUCAGUUAGAACCCAGUGAGCCUAUCAGCAUAGCACCUCCAACCAGGUUACACCCCGAUCUACAGGUCCCUGCUGCCCCCAGUAAGCCUCUCCCGGUCCCUCACCCACGCAAAUUUAAAAAGCCGGCCCUGGUGAGGCAGGAUGGCGUGGAGGGUAGUGCCCAGGAUCAGCUGGUGGAGGAACAAAAACAGGGGCUUGAGAUGCGAGAGGAGGAGGGGAAACUGAGUCUAGCUGGUCUGUCUCUAAGUUCAGAUGGCGAGGAGCUUAAACAGGACACAUGUGAUGACCUUUUAGCCCAAAAAGACUCAGGUUUGGGAGAUGAUGAGACUAACGCACCCGUCCCACCGCCUCGGCAGACCUCCCUUUCCCCUCGCCUUCACAGAACAAUCCACAUGCCUCCCUCUCUUGACAAAAACUACUCCCACUCCUUAGUCCAGCUCUCACAUGCUGACUCAAUGAGCCACAAUAAAGAAGGCGAGUACCACAGAGUGGAGGAGGAUGAAGAAGACGGCUACGGCGACUUUGAGCGCUACCCGAUCACUCACAGCCUCCCCAAGCAGAUAAAACUGGGCUGUCACCCUGCUCUGGCUAACUCGAGGAAAUCGUUUUCUGCCGAGGAUCAGCAGUCACCGAGAGCACCUCCCAGGAAACCCCAAAGACACAGCCUGCCAGCACCCCCUCCACCCUCCAUCUGCCCUCCUGCACCUCCACAUGCCAACACCCCGAUGAGAGAGCUGCCCGCGCCUCCUCAGGAGAAAACAUCCUGGCGCUUCUCCCGACCCUGCGUGACCUUCUUCAGCCGGCAGAUGCCCACCAGAAGCAGCGUGCCGCCGAAGAGCCGAGCUCCAGCACUGGGGGGCAAGCAGAGGGCGCAGUCCUUCUCUGCAGCCGACCUGGCGACCCGGGGCGACUCCCACAAGAGGAGCCUCUCUUUCCGGAAGCUGCUGGAGCUCCGGCUGUCUGUCAAGAUGCUGCCAAAGCUGCUGGCCAAAGGAGGGCAGUCAUUGGACUGUACCAGCGUGGACUCACACCGGGGGGAGAGGAGCCUGGAGCGGCCCACCAGCUGCAUAGUGGAGUCUGAUCUGUGCGGAGAAAAUGAAGAGGAGUCAGUGGAGUACGAGAACGUUCCUCUGUAUGAGGAGAUCCCAGAGUACAUGAACCUGCCGUUUCACAGUGCGAGGCUGGGCUGGUCACAUGACUCUGAUGGAGCCGAUUCAGACAUCUAUGAAGUGCAGGAUCCAUAUCACAGGUGCAACGAACAUGAAUAUGAGAGCGGCUGGCUGGGGCAGGACGUCCACUCUGAGGAGGAGGAGAUCCACAGUUCGGACGAAGAGGACAACAGCUCCACCUCCAGCAAGGAGCAGCUGGACGUGGCAGACAAACAGCAGGAGGACGAGAUGAAGAGGAAGAAGGUGGUGCACAUCGCCCAGGAGAUCAUGAGCUCCGAGAAAGUGUUUGUGGAUGUCCUGAAGCUUCUUCACAUAGACUUUCGGGAUGCUGUUGCCAAAGCAACCCGUCAGAAUGGGAAGCCGGUGGUGGAUGAGCGGAUCCUCAGCCAGAUCCUGUACUACCUGCCACAGCUCUACCAGCUCAACAGAGACCUGCUGAGGGAGCUGGAGGACAGAGUGGCGCACUGGAGCGAUCACCAGAGACUGUCGGACAUCUUCGUCCAGAAGGGUCCGUACCUGAAGAUGUACUCCACCUACAUCCGCCAGUUUGACAACAACGUGGCUCUGCUGGACGAGCAGUGCAGGAAAAACACUGCGUUCGCUGCUGUUGUCAGAGAGUUUGAGAUGAGUCCAAGAUGUGCCAGUCUGGCUCUGAAACACUACCUGCUGAAACCUGUGCAGAGGAUCCCUCAGUACCAGCUGCUGCUCACAGAUUAUCUGAAGAACCUCCCAGAGGACUCUGAGGAUUAUAAAGACACACAAGCCGCCCUCAGCAUCGUGAAAGAAGUGGCCAAUCACGCUAAUGAUAUUAUGAAACAAGGGGAUAACUUUCAGAAGCUGAUGCAGAUUCAGUACAGUCUCAACGGUCACCAUGAGAUCGUUCAGCCGGGCAGGGUGUUUCUGAAGGAGGGCACUCUCAUGAAGCUGUCCAGGAAAGUGAUGCAGCCUCGGGUGUUCUUUCUGUUUAAUGAUGCGCUCAUGUACACCACUCCGGUCCAGUCUGGCCAGUAUAAACUCAACAGUGUCCUCUCUCUGGCUGGGAUGAAGGUGAGUAAACCCAGCCAGGAGGCCUAUCAGAAUGAGCUGAACAUCGAAAGCAUUGAACGCUCGUUUAUCCUGUCUGCCAGCUCAGCUACAGAGAGAGACGAGUGGCUGGAGGCCAUCGCGAAGGCCAUCGACGAUUACACAAAGAAGAAAAUAACCUUCAUAUCAAGUCGGAGUCAGGAGGAGGCGGAGGGAGUUGUCGACACCGGUGCCCCGUUAGGUUCAAAGGCUCCCAUCUGGAUCCCGGACCUGAGGGCCACCAUGUGCAUGAUCUGCACCUGCGAGUUCACUCUCACCUGGAGGAGGCAUCACUGUCGCGCCUGUGGCAGGGUGGUGUGUCAGGCGUGCUCUGCCAAUAAGUACUACCUGGAGUACUUGAAGAACCAGCCGGCACGAGUGUGUGAUCACUGCUUUGCUAAACUGCAGGAGAACAGUGACCGCUGUGCCUCAACGUCAGUUUCUCCAAUCAAGUCUGGAGCUUUCUCCUUCACCAGAAAACAGAAGAAGAUUCCUGCUGCACUAAAAGAGGUGUCCGCCAACACUGAGAACUCCUCCAUGAGCGGCUACUUAAACAGGUCAAAGGGCAACAAGAAGCAGUGGAAGAGGCUGUGGUUCGUCAUCAAGAAUAAAGUCCUGUACACCUAUGCUGCCAGCGAGGACGUUGCAGCAUUGGAGAGUCAGCCCCUGCUGGGUUUCUUCCUGAGGGAGGAGAAGAACGGGCCGGCUCAGAAGCUGCAGUUCAAGCUGUAUCACAAAAACACGCUGUUCUACAUCUUUAAAGCUGACGACAUCCCCACCGCACAGAGAUGGAUCGAAGCCUUCCAGGAGGCGAUGAUUCUCGAGCAGUGAUUUGGUUUUGCAGCAGUGAAGUGACAUGGCAGCCCCGGAGCCAGUUGAUAGACAACUAACGACCGCUGCCUGACGUCAGGUCAGAGGUCACCAGCUCAGGAAGGACUCCGGACGGACUGUUUACUUCAAACGCCACGUUACUGUACGUGGAGGAAAACCAGACCGCUUUCCCCUUGAAUAACUGGAUUCUGUUUCUCUAAACAUAUUUUCUGCCGUCAGAAGCUCCUGAUGCUCAACUGAGCUCAGAGUUUGUUGCAGCUGAGGGUCAAAGGUCAAGUCCAGAAGCAUGUGUGUGGAAGUGAGGCAGAACAGUUGUGGGGAAUUUUUAAAGCCCUCGGAAACCCUAGGAAGUCUGGGAAUUUUUUUAACCUGCAAACGGAUGAAGGAAUUUAUUUUUACCUGAAACAGACUAUAAAUAGUUCUCCACCUUCGUUCAAGCAUGUCGAUAUUGGCGACACUUAGUAGUUUAAAUCUACGGUGUCGAUUUGUCAAAGCAAAAUCUAAAGAUGGAUUUUUUUAAAAACACACACAUAUUCAAAUUUUAAGAUGUUUCACCUGAAUCAUGGAUGCAAAGUUUCGCCAACGUCUUGUCCAAGAGUUUAAUGAUGCAACAAGGUGGGAUUUUACUGUGAAAAUCCAGCUUCUACAAAGAAACAGGAAGUUGAUAUUCUGCUCUUUAGGUUUAUCUCUCUGGUUAAGAGAUUUUACUUUUUGAAAUUUAACACAAAACUUAUAAACGAUGGGUUAAAGAAACAACAUCCUGGAGAAAACUGGAAAUGUCAUGAAUAAUGUAGAUAUUUUUCACACAAAUGAAAGUGUAUUUUUUUGCCUGUUUAGCCACAUUAGAAAUGGUUAAUGGGUAAAACUGUGUAUAUGGACGUGAAAGAGCAACAUUGACCUUUUUUAUAUCGAAAGCCAAGAGCUAAUAUUUAUAAAAAUAGGAAGAUUUAUUGUUUGAAAAAAGCACAGGCUGCCGCUUAUUUUGGGAGUCAGGGUUUGUUAUGAAAUCAGUUAUUCUUUUAAAUUAAAAAGAUAACUUCUUACAGAAAAGGGGAUUUUUUUUAUGGGCAAAUACUGUGGAAAGUAUACAUGUACUAUAUUUCUAAGGAAAUGCUCAAAAGAAAGAAGACAUUUUUAAUUUUGAUGCUUGUAUUUGCAGACAUUGUGCCUUAUAUCUCCUGUCUUGAGAUGAAUAGCAAUAAUAUAGGUGCUCUGUUUGAUAUUAUAUCAUGAAAUAAGGACAGAUUUAAAGGGAUAGUUUGGAUUUUUGAAGUGGUGUUGUAUGAUGUACAUAUCCACAGUAAAUGUGAUCUAUUUUUCUGUAAAAAAAAUGUAUUUUUACCGUUUUAUACACAGCUCUUUCCAACAGGGAACUGAAGCUGUUAUGUCCAUCUUUUCUCUCUUCAAAGCCACCAUACUCCUUUGACAAAAACACUAAUUUUAUCUUGUCUAAUUAUUCAUCUAAGUUAAUUAAACCACUAAAGUCACACAAUUACACAAACAAACUAAAUUAUCGGUAGACAAGUGGUACGUUCUAUUUAAAUUUUUGUCUGGAAUUUCAGAGUUUCCUAUCUGCUGAAGACGAAAAAUUUUCAGACAGAAAAAUCAGGAGAAAAUGAACUUUGUUCGAGGCCUGUCUCUAGCUGUUUUUCAAAAAAAGUAGAAGCAAAAUUUUGACGUGUCAUAAAAGAAAAUGUGAUUUAGAAAUGCUUCCAUCAACUGGUUUAGAGCAAAUAAACAAAGCUGCAUUAACGUGCUUUGGUCAGAAGAUGGCAGUGUGAUGUAUUGCUAAAGGGCUAAUCAGUCAAUAAACAGUAGAAGAAGAAGAAGAGAAAAACAACAACAACAAGAAAAGAGGUUGUGAUCUGAAAACUUUAGCCACCCACAAGAGAAAAUGAAGUCUGUUGGAACAACAGAAACAGCUUUUUCUUCUUCUUUUUGGGAUUUUCAAGCAGAACUUAUCCGAUAAAAAACAUUUUUAUCUCCAGUUUAGUUUAACCAUUUCCCUAAAGGAGGAAAAACACCUCAAGUGAGCGUAAAAACUUUUAUACCCUUUUUCUAAAAAGAAAAUUCCUGCAAAUCUUCAAAAUUAGCAUAGAAAUUUGUUGAUGGAAAGACUACUUCUGUCUCAGCAACUCGCUCUCGCCAGAUCUCGCGAGAAAACAUUGUUAUCCAAACUUUGUCUAAAAUCUUUAACGAAAGUCCGAGCUAACUGAUUUAAAUGUGACUUUUAGUUGCGUAAUUAUCUAAUAUCUGAAAAGAAAAUAUAAAUAAAUAUAAAUAUUUUUGACUUUCACAAUACUUUCAAACAAGUGGCAGGAGAAAUGACUGCAGCAGUUAUUUAAUUUAUGUUUCAGCUAAACAAAAGUCUGUUUAAAUGUGCAGUAGCACUUUAAAUAUGACAUCUACUGUCAGUAAAACACUGACUGUGGAUAAGUACCUCAUACAACCCUACUUUAAAAAAUUCAAACUAUCUCUUUAAGCAGCCGGUUUGUAGACUACUCACUUUUUAGCCAGGGAACACGAGGUUUGUAGUUUUAAAAACAGUAAUUUUUCAGGUCUUCUCGGUUAGGUUGCCAUAUGUUGCACUACCCCGUUUCACAGUGGGAGAAACCCCAAAUCCUGCUUCUUCUUCUUUUUUUUAUUUUAGUGAAGGAAUAAAACUGUUAAUUCUGUCAUAGCUCUUCGGCUGCUGUCGUCGUACAACAUUUCAUGUGUGCCUCAUUCACUUUUGUGUUAGUGAGUUUAUAAAUCUGCUCGUCAGGAGCGGUCGUUUCUUCAUGAUUGUACAUUAACAGUGUCCAUUUGUAAACAUUUGCUCUAUCAGAGUUAGAGUCUCCUGUAAACAAUGAUUCUAAACUGUCAGGCAACAGUUUUUAAUAAAAUAUAUAUAAAUAUAUAUCUCGUCCUCCUGUAUUAAUUUCCUGUUCUGCUUCAAAGGAUGAAAAGCAGCGAGCUGCACAAUCCACCGUCACAACUUUAAUUACAGAGUGCAGACAGAUACAUGUGGUUAACAAACGUUUAACCCUCUGACCCCAACAAGCCGUUUCAGGGCUUUUUUUUUUGCUCUUUUUACAUUUUACUCACUAUAUUUUUACUCACUUGUAUUUUCCUGCAAUAUAUAAGUCCUGCAGCUCUGUGGAAGCAGCACAAUCAUGUCUAGAAGUGUGAACCACUCAAAAAUGUAUUUUGUGCAGAAUAACACAGUUCUAAUGACAUAUAUUAUAAAAAUGCUAAAAAUGAAAGUUGAAUUUCUAUGAUAAAUUCUUUUUUUUAAA